AGUAGCUGCAGUAAGUUCCACCGCAGUUAGUAUUCCGGACGGUCUUCGGGACAGAGCUCUGCCGGCCCAGACGCAGCGUCUCCUAGCUGGGUGUCUCUCCGCAUUCUCCAGAGAGGGGACGGACCUCCACUCUCUCUGUCAGAAAAAUGUCUGCUCCAGCUCAGCCACCCGCUGAAGGGACAGAAGGGGCUGCCCCAGGUGGGGGUCCCCCUGGCCCUCCUCCUAACUUGACCAGUAAUAGACGACUACAGCAAACCCAGGCACAGGUGGAGGAGGUGGUGGACAUCAUGCGUGUGAAUGUGGACAAGGUCCUGGAGAGGGACCAGAAGCUGUCAGAGCUGGAUGACCGAGCUGACGCCUUGCAGGCAGGAGCAUCACAAUUUGAGAGCAGUGCUGCCAAGCUAAAAAGGAAGUAUUGGUGGAAAAACUGCAAGAUGAUGAUCAUGCUGGGAGCUAUUUGUGCCAUCAUCGUGGUAGUUAUUGUAAUCUACUUUUUUACUUGAGAAUGUGCUACCCCUUCCCUGUUCUCCAUUGCCAUCCAAGCUCGUGUCUUUCCCCUCUGUUUGCUCUCUCAACAAACUCCAUCUACCUUUCUCCAUCCCAGCCCAGGCUUCUCCAUCAUCCAUCCCCCCUUUUUUGUUGCAUUCACUUGCACUCUAUUCCCAACACUAGAAAUGCUGCUCGUGGCACAGUCUUGAAGUCACUAUCUGAAGAGCAACAGCUGGCACCUCCUCCCUACCCACUUCUUGUGCACCCCACAGCUAAAAAGAGUUGGUGGCCCAGGGAAGGAGGAGGGGAAAGCCUGAGGUGAAGUGUCCAGAAGAUGGCAAGGCUCGGGGGAGGAGAAGGGUGUUUGUGCCUGUGCAAUCUCCUAGAAAGACUGGCCUUCAGUAGGACGGGACCAUGAAUAGUUGGGAAGUGGCAAUAGCUUGCCCUACUGCCCUCAUUUUGAACUUUUCUCCUAUCCCAGACUUGUUUAGGGUUCUAGAGGCCUAUGUAAAGGCCACCAUUGAAUCCUUCUUAGAAAGUCAGACUUUGGCGUAUGUCUUUAGUCCCAGCACUUGGGAGACAGAGGCAGGCAAAUCUGUGAGCUCAAGGCCAACCUGGUCUACAUAGUGAGUUCCAGGCCAGCUGGGGCUACAGGAAGACUGUCUCAAAAAGACCAAAAAAAAAAAAAAAAGAAAAAGAAAAAAGACUUGACUUUUGUUGUUACCGCUUAACCAUUAGUUCAAGAUUGUCUUUGGAUGACUCUCACUGCCUUUUAUUUUGUUCUCUGUUGGCCUGGAAAACAAGCACUUAUCAAUUGCAGAAAUAGCAGGAUAUUCUUAUUUCCUGCUAGAAGCCAUCCCAUUUUCUUCUAAUUAGGAGGAGCAGUCACUUCAUGUUUUCUGAAGCAUUCUGUGUUGGCACCAAAUAAUUUCAUCUAGCCAAAGUUUGGGACUCGUAGUUUAAUUAUUGGCCUCAAGAGGGACUGCUUUAGACCAAAGUUCCAGGCCAGGUAGUGAGACCCUAUCUCUGAAAAAAAAUGGUGGGGGAGAUGCUUGUUAGUUAUAGAGAAAUAGCGAGUCAGGGGUCUAAUCUGAAAACUAACAGGCUUUGGAAAGGUGCUUCUUGCCAUGUGUUGUUGAUGAAAGUAGUGUUCCUCGCUGCUGGUGAAGGAAAAUGAGUGUUCGAUGGUAAGGCUGUCAGGCUCCCCUAGAACCCUUUCUUCCAUACCACCCCUGUGGACUUGCCUAAGACGGAUGAAGCAAGAGGUCCUUUGCAAGGCCUGGCUGACCCGAGGAUUUAAAGAAGUCCAGCAGACCCAGCAGCUCCUUCUUGGAUAGGAGGGGUGCCAGUCUGGGGCAGGUGUGCUUAUGCAUUGCUAUGCUGUCUUGGGGCCUUGCGUCUGGACAUGCCUCCUGCUCCUCCUUCAGGACCUUCUCCCCUGGAACCACCCUCAUGUCUGCAUUCCAUACCACCUCCUUUCUUUUACUCCCCUUUGCAUGCUCUGUGUAUACAGAUGGUGGAAGCUGAGAAUGGGGGUACUCAGCCUGUCCUGGGAGCUACUGCUGAGCUUCAGGCUAGGAUGCUACAUGGGAUAAACCCAGGUGCUAGGGGAGGAGGCAGACUGCAGUGGGCGGGGUGUGCUUGUGGCCCUUUAUUCCUUCCGUCUCUGGUCCACAAGCAAGAAGAGGCUGGGGCCGUGCUAGCUGGGGCUGGAUGCCAACUUCCAUGCAGCAGCAUUUCACUGUGCAAAACCAUCCUUCCUUCCCCUUCACCCUGUUUCCCAUGUUCCCUUCGUCCUGCCCCAGGGCGGGACUGAAGAGCUGGAAGAAAGCAGUCAGUACCCUCCCAACGUCCCCUUGGAAGGUCUCCACUCUCCUCUGGGCUCCUCUUUGCCUAAUGCAGGGGGGUCACCGCUGAAGAACCGACACUGUCCUCGUUGUAUCCCAAGGCUGGAGCAAAUUCACCCUGUUGGCCCACCCAGCCCUAGCACAGGAAUUACUUCCAGGGUUUCUGUCCCCUGAGGCUCACCAGGUGUAGUUGGCGUUGUUCUUUUGGGGGUGUUAGCCCUUCUUUCUUUCCUACCCCACCCUGAGCCCCCUUCUGUGUCUUUGCUGUUUCCUUUUCCUUCCACCACUCAUGUGCAUGUGCAAAUGUGCAACUGAACCCUGGGACUUUGCAGUCAGUUGAAGCCAAGCUUCCCACAUCCCCUUUUUUGGUUUGCCAUGAGAUGAUGUGGGGUUUCCAUUGUGUCUGUCAUUACCUCUUUGUCUUUUUCCUAACCCAAUCUCAUAGUCAUGUAUAGAGUAAUAAGAGUUGUACUUCACCAAAGGCAUGUGACAUAUUUGUCAAUUUCAUGUAUUCUGAACAAAGGCAAAAAAUACAAAUUCCUACCACUAAA